CAGUGGCGGCCGCGGGGAGGUCGGUUGGGGACGGUCCUCCUCGAAGUAGCCCGCGAUGUCCCCACCAGACGACAGACCCCUCCGGGCGACAGACGGACCUCGGGGUCGGAGCCGCGGGUUCCCGGUGCGGAGGAUGCGGCGCGGAGGGCCUGAGCUGCCUCGGGCCCCCUCGCAGCUCCGAGCCGCUCCCGCCGCAGCCGAGGCGCCGGCCACCAUGUUCAACCAGCAGCAGCAGCUCCAGCAGCUCCAGCAGCAGCAGCUGCAGCAGCAGCAGCUGCUCCAGCUCCAGCAGCUGCUCCAGCAGUCCCCACCGCAGCCCCCCCUGCCCAUGGCCGUCAGCAGGGGGCUGCCCCAACAGCAGCCACAGCAGCAGCUCCUGAACCUCCAAGGCGCCAGCCCCGCCUCCCUCCUCAACGGCUCUGUGCUACAGAGAGCUUUGCUUCUGCAGCAGUUGCAAGGACUGGACCAGUUUGCAAUGCCACCAGCCACGUCUGACAGUGUCGGUCUCACCAUGCCCACGGCAACCUUGGGUAACCUCCGUGGCUACAACCUGCCAACCCCGAACCUGACGGGCCCCAGCCUCACGGUCCCCCAGCUGGCCACCCCAAAUCUACAGCAGUUCUUCCCCCAGGCCACUCGGCAGUCCUUGCUGGGGGCCCCUCCUGUUGGGGUCCCCAUAAACCCCUCCCAGAUCAACCUUUCAGGGCGGACUCCCCAGAAACAGGCCCGCACCCCCUCCUCCACCACCCCCAAUCGCAAGGAUUCUUCUUCUCAGACGGUGCCCGUGGAAGACAAGUCAGACCCCCCAGAGGGGUCUGAGGAAGUUGUCGAGUCCCGAACAGACACACCAGAAGACCGAGAUUCCCCACCCUGCCCAGAUGGCAUCGCUAAAGAGAAACACACUGUAGCACCUGAGCCCGAGUCUUGUGAGGCAUCGGAGCCACCGGCUAAGAGGUCAAAGAGCUCGGAGUUGCCCACAGAGAAGGGGGCCGCCGGGCAGCUGCAGGCGAAAGUCCAGCCUCGGGCCCGGACCACGGCACCGAAGCAGACCCAGACGCCUGAGCUGCUGCCUGAGCCGCCGGAAGCCCGAGUGCUGCCACGAUUCCAGCCGCGGGUUCUGCAGAUCCAGGCCCAAGUGCAGCCUCAGACGCAGCCGCAGCCGCAGCCGCCGCCGCCGCCGCCCCCGCCUCCAGGGGACACCCAGGCACGGCCCAAACUGCAGAAACAGGCACAGACGCAGACCUCUGCAGACCACUUGGUGCCGCAGCAGGUGCAGCCGCAGCAGGUGCAGAAGGAGGCAGAGCCACAGAAACAGGUGCAGCCCCAGGCACAUCCCCAGCCCCCUGGGCAGGCGCAGCCGCAGCAGCUGGCACAGACGCAGACAUAUCCUCAGGUCCAGCCACCAGAGCAGCCACCAGGACAGCCUCCCGUGCAGCCCCCUGACCGGACUGAGGGGCAGCCUCAGACCUGGCCGCAGGUGUCCAUGCCAGCAUCGGAGCAAGCACCGGUUCCGGUUCGUUCCACGGUGCCGGAGACACCACCAGAUCCGAGAGACGCCGGAGCAGGCCUGAAGGAGGCCUCGCCAGAGCCAGGAGGCUCCCAGGUCAGCGUGGAGAGCCAGGAGGAGUUGACCAGCAGUCUGGAUGUGGGAGAAUGUGAAAAAAGGGCAAGAGAGAUGCUAGGGGUGUGGGGUGCCGGGGGCUCCCUGAAGGUCACCAUCCUGCAGAGCAGCGACAGCCGGGCCUUCAGCACAGUCCCCCUCACGCCCGUGCCCCGCGCGGGUGACUCUACCUCUGCCACCCCUGCCUCCGCCAGCACACCCUCGAAGCAGACCCUCCAGUUCUUCUGCUACCUUUGCAAGGCCAGCUGCAGCAGCCAGCAGGAGUUCCAGGACCACAUGGCGGGGGCCCAGCACCAGCAGCGUCUGGGGGAGAUCCAGCACAUGAGCCAAGCCUGCCUCCUGUCCCUGCUGCCCGUGCCCCGGGAUGUCCUGGAGAGAGAGGACGAAGAGCCCCCGCCGAGGCGUUGGUGUAACACCUGCCAGGUCUACUACAUGGGGGACCUGAUCCAGCACCGCAGGACUCAGGACCACAAGAUUGCCAAGCAAUCCCUGCGACCUUUCUGCACUGUUUGCAACCGCUAUUUCAAGACCCCCCGCAAGUUUGUGGAGCAUGUGAAGUCCCAGGGGCAUAAGGACAAAGCCAAGGAGCUGAAGAUGCUUGAGAAGGAGAUUGCCGGUCAAGAUGAGGACCACUUCAUCACGGUGGACGCUGUGGGCUGCUUUGAGGGCGAUGAAGAAGAGGAGGAGGAGGAGGAGGAUGAAGAAGAAGAGAUCGAGGUUGAGGAAGAAUUCUGCAAGCAGGUGAGGUCCAGAGAUAUAUCCAUAGAGGAGUGGAAAGGCUCAGAGACCUAUAGCCCCAGUACUGCAUACGGUGUGGACUUCCUGGUGCCCGUGAUGGGGUACAUUUGCCGCAUCUGCCACAAGUUCUACCACAGCAACUCGGGGGCACAGCUCUCCCACUGCAAGUCCUUGGCCCACUUCGAGAACCUGCAGAAAUACAAGAAGGCCAAGAACCCCAGCCCUACCAGCAGGCCCGUGAGCCGCCGGUGUGCAAUCAACGCCCGGAACGCCCUGACUGCUUUGUUCACUUCUGGUGGCCGCGCGCCCACCCAGCCCAGCACCCAGGACACAGCUAAAACCCCCAGCAAGGUGACAGCCCAACCCCCUCCUCCCCCACUUCCCCGGCGUUCAACCCGCCUCAAAACCUGAUAGAGGGAGCUCCUCAUGCCCAUCCCGUCUGGGUCUAGGUCUGCUUUGCUUUUUAGAAGUCUGUGUGGAAAUUUUGACAUGGUUGGUGUUUUUACUGAAAAUCUAAUAAAAGAAGGUAGUUUGGCUGUA